AAUGUUAAGGUUUUAAUGUUAAUGUUUUAAGGUGUAGUAUCUUAUACAAAUGAAGUGCUUCAUUUUUAAAUAUCUGUUCACCGAGUAACAGUGGCAAGUUGCUGGUUUUCCAGGGGUAGAGGUUGCUUGUGUUCUUACAGCUAAAACUAUUUUAGAUGAUGGUGUGAUUUUUGUUACUUUUGCCUGCAUAGUUUCAUUCACAAAAUAAAGGCUGACCGCACUCUAUCAAACAAAGUACAGAAAUGUAUUUAUUAUUAUUUAUUUGGAGGACGCCUUUAUCCAAGACGACAAAUUACUUUUCGACCGCAAGUUUUGUAUCUGAGAAGAAAAAGAGGACUAUUUAAAAGCUCAGAGCAGAACUGGUGUUUUGGUCAUGGCAAGUCGGGGAGGAGCAACUAGACCCAAUGGACAAAACGCUGGCAAUAAAAUCUGUCAGUUUAAACUAGUUCUUCUUGGAGAGUCUGCAGUUGGAAAAUCCAGUUUAGUGCUUCGUUUUGUGAAAGGACAAUUCCAUGAGUUCCAAGAAAGUACAAUAGGAGCUGCUUUCCUAACUCAGACUGUUUGUCUCGAUGACACAACAGUGAAGUUUGAGAUAUGGGACACAGCUGGACAAGAACGUUACCACAGUUUAGCACCAAUGUACUACAGAGGAGCUCAGGCUGCUAUAGUUGUAUAUGACAUUACAAAUGAAGAGUCAUUUGCAAGAGCAAAGAACUGGGUAAAAGAACUUCAAAGGCAAGCUAGUCCCACUAUUGUAAUAGCUUUGGCUGGCAACAAGGCUGACCUUGCUAAUAAGAGAGCUGUUGAUUUCCAGGAAGCACAGUCGUAUGCAGAUGACAACAGUUUGCUGUUUAUGGAAACCUCAGCAAAGACAUCAGUGAAUGUGAAUGAAAUAUUUAUGGCAAUAGCAAAGAGAUUGCCCAAAAAUGAACCACAGAGUACAGCAGCAAACAGUGGCAGAAACCGAGGAGUAGACCUUACUGAGACUACUCAACAAAGCAAGAGCCAGUGCUGUAGUAACUAACGUUGGAGUCUUAUUACAAAUUGCAUCUCAAAUAAGUCACUUCCUAAUUCUGAAUAACAAAGGAAUAUAGGUGUUAUAACUUGUCCCGAAUUACACCCAGAAUAGUUAAAAGACUGUGUAUAGCUGCAUUUCUAAUACAAAGUUUAUUUUAUGUCUUUUGAAUUUUUAUUUAAAAAAAAAAAAUUACUUCAAAGAUAUAGAUGCAUGUAUCACUACAAGGUCAAAAUACACAGUUUUAACAUUAUUCAUCAGCAGAAAAAAAAAACACCUUUUAAUGCUGAAAAGGACAUACCUGUCUGAUUUAAGAGGGAUGCUGGUUAGAUUCCCCCUUCUGGUUGAUAGCUGUGAUUCAUUAGUGGCAUAGGAAAUGGUGUCCACAUGUUCUUUUAUUGUACCCAUGGCUUCCCAACAAACUAAAUAGUAGCACUAGAACAAAGUCUCCCAUUCCUAGGUCCUUGGGGCAUGCCUGCUUCUGGCUAUUCUAGUGGCAUUGUGCAAUUGUGCAGUAUUUCUGCAGUGGCUAGUGUCUGCAAGGACCCUCAUCAAAUCCAUGCAUUCCUUUCAUAGUAGUUACAUUAUGCAGACCAAUCUGUUGUAAAGUUUAGUUGCAAGUAAAAAAAACAAAACAAACAAAUAUAUAUAUAUAUAUAAUUGCAUCAGUAAUAUGGGGUUAUUUGAUAAUAAGGAAAUCCACAUUUUGUUUACUCACAUUAAAACUGGAAAAAGGAAAAUGUGCCCUAAUUGUAAUCAUGAUCUAACAGUCCUGAGACCACAUUUGAUGAAUUAAUAGUUGGAAAUGGUUAUUUCUGAUUUCAAAUGUUUUUUUUUGCUAACAUGGUUUGACUCAUUUUCACACCUCGUAAUUGUUUUGGGAACAAACUGUUAAUAUUCUUUUUAAACAUGUACAUCAUGCCUUGCACUAAAAUGCUCUUUUUCAUUAUUAUAGCUGGCUUGGUUAAUAACUUUCUGUAAAUAGGGUGUUGCAGUGUAAUCUACUUUUAAAUAUACCAUGUAUUGGACUAAUGCCUGCUAGGGAGUUGUUUUAGAUAACCAUACAAUAUGUACAGUAACUGAAUCGGUUCUAUAAAGGGUUUGGAGUUUUUCACAAAUGGCAAAUUAUAAUCAAUGGUGGUUUUUAUAAAUGUAUGUGGUGUUAACAUUGACAUUUGAACUUGCAUUUCUUUACUGGUUUGCCUUGUACUUUCUCAAAAUGAAUUAUGUCUCAAUUUAUAUUUUUAGCAUUUCUUUUGCAUUGCACUAAUUAUUUUAGUGGCACAUCAAUGAUUUCUCUAUACAAUAUUACACCUUGUAAAAUAAUAAAUUAAAAAAAAAAAAUUAAAUCAUAAACUAUAUUGGGGUAGCAAUUCAACUGCUUAAUAGACAGAUAGCUGAACUGUUCAAUAAACUGCCUGACUUGUCACUUUUAACACAUUGUAAACAUGUAACGAAGAAAGGUCUGAUCAGUUAUAUUGUUCAGGUGCUACUAUAUGAAUAAGUUAAUAAACAGGGAGAUAUUGUAUACUGUUUGUGAACAUUUAAUGCAGCUGAAAGCUAAAUGCAAAUGAUUUACGGUGCUGUUUAUUACCAAAUAAAGAUAAAAAAAAAACAUUUGAUCAGUUUAUUAAUGUUAAGAAAUUUGUUAAAACUGCCAACUGUUACAUUAUGUAAAAAAUGUAAGUCUUCUUGCAUACAAAUGUUCCCACUACAAAUAUCUCCAUUGUAAACAUGUUUAAUAAAACACAAAACAUGUUUUUAAAAUGCA